AUGGGCAUUGACAUUUACGACUGUGUCCUAGUAAUCAACAACAUUGCCGCCCUCGAAUCAUUAAUAACUAAACCAACUCUCACUUUGGGAGAGGACAUCGGUCUUACUGCUGGACCGCUGGUUCCACUGGAAUCUACAGAGGUCGACAGCCGGUGGAAGGACCUUGACAACACCGUUCUGACAUAUAUGAAGGCGAGAGGGCAGACUCAGAACGUCAACUUGAACGGCUGCAUCUUGACGGAACGAGCCAACGAAAAUGAGAGGUUCUACGGUGGCAACGUAACGGCGAUGGACGUGGUUGCAGGCAAUGUGUCGAGGCACGUUGAGGAGACACGCCCUCUAUUCGAAGUCAUUAAGGAGGCAGAAGGAAGGAUCGAUGCAGACCAAGCCAUCCUCAAAAAGCUUUCGGCAUUGCCAGCACCAGGAGACGCCAUGAUCGAAACGCCUAGGAGCUCGCCAGCAUCACCCAAGACUCCUUUCGGCAUUCCCAAUACUGAGGACCCUGACCCUUUCGGUGUCUUGGCUCUGGAGAUGGCAGGACUAGAGAUUCGAGAGGCUGGCACACGCCUCCGACCUACGAGUAACCAAUUCGAAUUCCACCCUGUUCCGUCGAGCCCAGCAUUUUCAAAGUUCAGGCAGAGCGGCGAGACCUUUACGACAAAGAGCAACCGAGGGAGCUUAAUGUCUACCAAAACCAGCCGCACCAAAAUGUCCGAGGCUUGGACACAGUCAAACCAGACAGGAACACCAUUCACCUCGCCUAGCCAGAGCCAGAGCCAGAGUGAAGACGGCGCUUCCAUUAAUAGCCUCCCCGUUCUGAAGGAGCCGGAGGAGGAGGAGGAGGAGGAGCCUGAGGAGGUUGACUACACCAAGAUUGACUUCACCCCGUUGAGGCAAAUUAGCGGAAGCCAUUCGAUUGAGGGAACCGUCAUGACUGACAGCGACGACCACCUGCGCACCGAUGUCAGCACUAUGGAUGAUGCCGCUACCAAGGCUUCCAGCAUCUACACGAAGGACGAUGCCAGCAUCAUCUCCAGAAACGACGACGAGAAGGAGGAUAUCCAGAAGGAUGAGCCAGACGUCGACGCUGAUGACGAGGAGGAUGAGGAAGAAGAUGACGACUUCGAAGAGCCUGUUAUCUUCGAGGUUGCGGCUGUUCAACCUGCUGCAGUCGUCAUGGCUGCCCCUAUCCACGCCAAGGGCGCUUUGGUCACCAUACCAAAGAGGAUCCCUCCUCCUCUGCCCGCCAGAAGCCCUAUGAGAACAUCUCGCGCCAGCAAGAGCGAUAUUGGAGACGUCAGCCAUCUUCACAGCCCCAUGCAGGCCUCUUUCACCCUCUCGCCAAGACAGUCCAUCGAUUCAUCCUCUAUCCGAAGCGGUAUGGACAACAUUCCGUCGAUUCAAGAGACGGCCCCAGAAUUUUCUGAGGAUGAGAAGAAGAAGACAGAUUUUGUUGUGGCUGAGAAGCCACAAGCAGAGGAUAUGUCUUCCCUUUCAACGCCUACAAUCCAGGAGCCUGAGCAGGCGACGCCUAUGGCACCUGGAGCCUUCCCAGAUGAGGAAGACUUCAUGAACCCUUUAGGUACAUCCCUAGGGGAAACUACAAGCUUUGAGUCGAGACACACCACUCCCCAGACAGUCAAUGUCGCAUGA